AUGAUCCGCAAGACGGUUUUGACGGCGUUCUGCGCCGUGCUAGGAUUGGCGAGUGCCGCCCGGUUGGACAACCUCUACGGUGCACCGGCUCCUGCUGCCUCCUACCAGGGAGGUGGCGGUGACUCGAACGUCCUCAACGCACCGAGACGCGAUGGCCAAUUCGGUGGGGUGUCUCCUGCCAACCAGUACCUUCCACCGUCGGCUGGCGGACAGCAGGGAGGCUACCCAUCGGUCGCACCGCUCGGUCAGCCGUCGGGACCCGGACCUCAGCAAGGUCCCUUCGGAGGUGCGUACAAUCCGCAACCGUCUGGUCCUUCGUACGGCGGCUCGGGUAACGCCCUGCGUCCAAGUGGUCCUGCCGGUGGCUUCCAGGGCAACAGCUUCCAGCCUCAAACCACUCCCAUCCCCAUCCUGCGCUACGAGAACGUCAACAACGGCGAUGGCAGCUACCGAUUCGACUAUGCCACUGGUAACGGCAUCCAGCACCAGGAGGAGGGAUUCCUUCGCAAUCUGGGACCGGAAAAGUCGGAACAGGUAGUGUCCGGGGGCUACUCCUACACCGCCCCCGAUGGUCAGCAGUAUAGCGUACAGUAUAAGGCCGAUGCCAACGGUUUCCAGCCUGUCGGUGACCACCUGCCAACGCCCCCACCACUGCCGGUAGAGUUGCAAGAGGCCUACGAUCUGCACGCCCGACUGCACGCCGAGGCGGCCGCCCGACCCAAGAAUCCCGCCUACCAGGAACCCCAAGCUCCGGGUCGCCAGUAUGGAGCUCCUCAACCACAGGGCGGAGUCCCCCAGGGUCAGUACUAUCCCCAGCAGACCAACCAGUACCAGCCACCGCAGCAGCCUCAGCAACCUCAGCAGCCACAGUAUCAACAGCCGCAGCCCCAGUACCACCACCAGCAAACGCCCCAGUACCAGCCGAGCUCCCCGAACGCCAUACAAGGUUACCCGUCGGCACCGGCUAACCAAUACCUGCCUCCCAACAAGCGACAACAGGGCUUCAACCCGAACACUGGCUACACCUACUAACCGCCCGGCCAGGGAUUAGCCCUUUUUAUCGAUUUCAGUAUUUAU